AUGACCACCGCACACCAGACCCUACAAGAUCCCCUGGUGAUCAAUGGGAUCCAGCAACUCUUCACCUGGAUCCUCCUGGUAGCAACGCCUAAUCGAUCAUGGCUCCGCUUCGUGAACAUGAGCGCCCUGACAGCGUGGAUGUUCUGGGUUUACAGUUCUGAGAAUCUCCUCGCCGGCACAGAGUACGAUGAGAAUGUUCUCUACCGAACACUACAAGGCUGUGUGCCUUUACCGCUGGUCAUGCGAACAGCCGCUGCGCUCUUCCCGCCUAAAGGUCCUAGCAGCGGCCUUUUAGACAUGGCCACAGCUACACGGUUGACUAUCGACCCGCGGGCUGUCAGUACGCCGUGGCAGGUACGAGGGAUACCAUCGUUCCCAUCAUACUACAAAUCGCGUCCACCAGCGCGUGUCCCGUUCAUGGUACGACAGACGGUCAUCACACUCUGGCAAUGUCUCUGUCUAGACCUGGUCUUCUCGCAAUUUCGGGCGUGGACGAGUCAGCGAGCGUUUCCUGCUAGUCCUCGGGAGCUGGGGCCAUGGGAUCUGCCGCCGGGGCCGUGGGCGACAUCGGGGGCGUCGAUGUUGGUGAUUGCGCUGAUUGGGCGGUUGGGAUUCGACAUCUCGUACCGGCUUGUGUCUGUCGUUUAUGCUGGGCUGGGCGUUCCGACGGAGAACUUCCCCCCGCUGUUUGGGAGUAUUUGGGACGCUUAUAGUUUGCGGAAUCUAUGGGGGAACUGCUGGCAUCAAUUCAUGCGACUACCGUUUACGGCAACUAGUAAUGCGAUCACUCGCCAUGCCCUCCGUCUCCCUCGCUCGUCCAUGCUGGGACGAUGUCUCACUAUCACGAUUGUCUUCUUUCUGUCUGGAUUAAUGCACUUCCUCGGUGCUCAGGCUGCAAAUAUCCCCUUUUCUGGGGCGAUGCAUUUCUUCGGAUUAUCCGGCCUGGGCCUCUUGAUCGAGAUCACCGUCCAAGGUCUCUGGGAUUAUUUUGCUCUCCCGCGACCGCAGGGAAUAUGGUGUAAGGCUAUAGGAUUCAUCUGGGUCGGACUAUGCUUUAGUUUGGUUGCGCCAUGGUAUUCGCCAGAAUGGGAGUAUUUGUUUAGUGUGGGCGCCGAGUCUGCGUGGUUUUUGGGAGCGUUUACCGGUAAUGUUGGAUUGCCGGUGGCGGGUGUCGUGGUUGCAUUGAGUGGGAUUAUUGUCCAUAAGAUAUUCGAGACGAGUUGGUAG